AUGCCUGAUGAUUUAAGUAGUAUUACAGAAUAUCCAUUAUUUACUUUCUGUCUUUUUUCCUUUGGAUUCUGCCUUUGUGCUAUUUUCAUCUACAUUCAAGUGUUUCAAUUUUUCUUAACAAUUAUGGCAGUUCAAAAAUUCCUGCUCUUCUUCUACCCAUCAUCAGAGAAAUACAUAAUUUUGUCUCGCAGGAAUAUGCAAUAUUUUAUACGAUACACCUACUACAUAUUCGUUUCUAAAGACUUUAUCAGUUUCAUUUUACUAAUUUUUGGUUUUCAUAAACUGCAAAAUGGGGAAGAAGAACUCUAUAGAAUAGUCAGACGUUUCAAUGUGGUAAGAUUCCAUAGUAUCAACAAGAUUAAUUCGGUUUCUUCAAUUAAGAUAUUCUUUGCUUCAAUGAAUAUAUCUUUCGUUGUAUCUGCAUUUUUAUACAUUCCUAUACUAAUAAGUGUUCAAAAAAUGUCCCAUUUAAGAUCAGUUCAAGAAGAAAAACCUCAAAUUUACAUAUUCUGGCAAACAAUGACUGCGUUGGUGGUGAAAAUGAUAUAUGUACCUUACUUCUUUUUCGUGUUAAUCGACGACCUCGGAAGUAUGAUUAUUUUCAUUCGUAUUUGGGAUGCUUUUUCGGUUCCAGUUAUCAUUCAAAUAUCUUAUCUGACUUGUAACAGACAAAAUGUUAUCACUCUAUUUGGAUCAUUCAAUGGAAGAAGACUCAUUAAAGAGUUGAUAAAGCCUGAAGCAACAUCUAGAGUGGGCCCAAAUCCAAGAGGGCACUUUAUUUAA